ACAUAGAAGCAGAAGCAGAAGAAGAUACCGCCAUCGGAGAAGGACAAGACAACACACGACAAGAAGGAAAUCCACUCCAAUUCCGAUAAUGCCUGCUUCCCUCUUGGACUCUAGGAACUGGGUCAGGGGUCUGACCCUCGCUUUCACGGUGGUGAUGGUUCUGGCCCUGGGGAUACAGAUGACCUUCAUGUACAGGACAGCGAUUCUGACCGACGCAAAUACACGCCCGCAUGUCUGGAUCUCCUGGGGCAUCGGCUCUUUUCUGAUGGCGGCUAACAUCGGGUUCAUCAUCACUUGGAUGGUCGCCGCAGCCAGGGACAACGUGCGAUGGAUGACGAUAGGCCUGACGGGCGUUUCGGUGCGCCUCGUGGGCACGGUCAUCUACAUUUUCCUCCGCGAAGUGAAGGCCGAGCUAUCGGCGUGGAACCUUUCCGAAAUGGCCGGCGACCAUUCGCGUAAAGAGCUUCUGUUUGAAGAUGUAUGGCUGUUUCCUGUUGGGUUCAUGUUUGCGAUAGAGUGUGGCUUCGUGGCCGCAAUGGCCAGUUACACCGAGAGGUGCAAGGCGGCGAUCGACGCUAAGGUGGAGGUGGAGGUGGAGAAGCCAAGAGAGAAGACUGGUGACAGCUCCUCCCCCGGCGCCCUCGCAGCUGGCACGAGCAACUGAUGACGCUGUAUACAUGCAUGUUAGAGCCAGUGGAGACGCCGCUGCUUCGACAGACAGCUCUUUCAUAUUUAUUUGUGCUGGCAGUGGCCCAAGAAAGCCUGCCGAGCACGACGGACGUGCGAACAAUUAAAGCGUGAAUUGUUUCAACCUUGAAA